GUUUCCUUUUUCAUGCAGCGCUUGGUUGGGGAGAGGAAGGACUGGAGGGGUGUCGCUAUGAACCGUUGGGAGAGGGAGGGAGGCACGCAGACUGCCUCAGCUACUUUUCUCAUGCUUUCUUCCGCCAUCACCCUAUUCAUGGUCCUCAGAUGCACCUUAAAUAUGUCCAACCCACCCUCUGCGGAGCGAUAGUCGGAGAUCCCCAGCUAGGCACGCCCCGUCACCUUCUCCUCAAGAAAGGCAAGAUCACGGCGACUUCUCCGGCGGAUCCCAGACGGUCUCCGUCCCUGCGAAGCCCCGCAGCGACACCCCCAUCCACCAUCUGACCGGAAAGAUCUUGCCUCUCUCUGUCUCUGUGUUUUCAGUCUUCCGGUCUUUCUUCCGCUUUUCUUUCUUGCCUUCAUCGUCUCAAGGGGUUUCCUUUCAUUUCUUUCGCGGAGCGCUUUUGUUCCGACAGGGAAUGCAGAGGCGUCCUUCGUGAACUUCCGGUCUCCUGUUGGCCGGGGAAUUGUCUGCUUCUCUGCUUUUUGGACGGGUCGACAUGUACAUGAAUCCGCCCGGCCAACUCUCUGAUUCGAAUCGAAGGAUCAUUGAUCCGAGUGUUGGGCCAUCCAAGCGUGUCUACCAAGUCUGGAAAGGAAACAAUAGGUUCUUCCUUGGGGGCAGAUUGAUAUUUGGUCCAGAUGCGAGGUCAUUGGUGUUAACAAUAUUCCUUAUUGUUGUUCCAGUUAUCCUAUUUGGUGCAUUCGUAUGUAAAGAUCUAGUAUCCGAGCUUCAUGGUGUUGGGGAUCUUAUAUUAACUAUUGCUGUUAUCUAUACAGUAUUUGUAAUUGUUUUACUUUUGCUCACAUCUGGAAGAGAUCCAGGGAUAAUUCCCCGUAAUGCACAUCCACCUGAACCUGAAGAUGAUGGCGACUCAUUGAACUUGCCUACAGAAUGGGCAGUUGGUCAGGGUUCAAUGCCAACCUUGCCUCCUACAAAGGAUGUAACCAUCAAUGGAUUUGUAGUUAAAGUGAAGUACUGUCAUACAUGCAUGCUAUAUCGCCCUCCAAGAUGUUCCCACUGUUCAAUUUGCAACAAUUGUGUUGAGCGUUUUGAUCAUCACUGUCCCUGGGUUGGACAAUGUAUUGGACUGAGGAACUAUCGAUUUUUCUUCAUGUUUGUCUGCUCGACUACACUCUUGUGUAUAUACGUCUUUGCCUUCUGCUGGGUGAAUAUCACGCAGAUAAUGAGGAUAUCAGAUUGCAGUAUAUGGAAAGCAUUCGCAAAAUCACCUGUAUCUGGUGUUCUCAUCAUUUACACAUUUAUAGCAGUAUGGUUUGUUGGAGGUCUGACGGCAUUCCAUUUCUAUUUGAUUUCCACUAACCAGACUACUUACGAGAACUUCCGCUAUCGGUAUGAUGGAAAAAUGAAUCCUCAUAACAGGGGAUUUGUACAGAACUUCGAAGAGAUCUUUUUCACUAAGAUGCCUCCUUCCAAGAACAACUUCUGUGCAAAAGUGAAGGAAGAGUCUGCAAACUACACUGCUUCGCUGGGUAUGGGCCAUGUUUUGAGCCCAGAGAUGGCAAAAACAAAUUUGGAUAUUGAAAUGGGCGGGAAAAGGCAAACUGUGGAUGAGGAAGAGCUUGCGGACAUACAAAGCCAGAUGGAGACUGCAGGACGGCUAGACAGAUGCAGUACUGACCCACCGCAUCCGAGCCGGGCCAAUAAGCCUGACUGGGAGAUCACUCCAGAUGUGCAAGCAUUGGCUACGGAGUUGGGUACAGGAGCUGGCACUACUGAGAGAGAAAAGGUUGAUGUGAAUCAGUAGAAUGCCGCAUGUUUUGAUGUGGUUUAUCACUUGCUAAAUUGAUCGAUGGCUUGUGGUUAAACUAAACUUGUCAAUUCUCGUCCAAUGUUUUGAGCGAGAGAUCAUUUUGGGAUGAGGCGGAGAAUCUAGUCGGAUCAUUACCCUGCAGCUUUUGUUUCGUGAGGAGGGGUUUCAAGUGGCAUAUCUUGUACACACUGAUUGGUUUUUGAAUUCUAUAAUCUGUAAAGAUGUUGGGAAAAUUCAAGGUGUGACGCUUUGUUUUCUUGUGGUGGAUGCAAGUUGUGCAAUGAAGGGAAAGGGGGAAUAGCAGAGGCUUUUCCUUUUGCCCUGCCUUUUUCUUUUUA